GAGGCAGCUUUGCCUCCUGAGGGAGGGAAGAGAGUUGGGCCGCGGUGGCGGCGGCCUGACUGGGGACAGUGGCCAUGGCCUUCACUUUGUAUUCGCUGCCACAGGCAGCGCUGCUGGUUGUCAACACCAUCGCGGUGCUGCAUGAAGAGCGUUUCCUCCGUAGGAUUGGCUGGAGGACAGACCAAGGGAUUGGAGGGUUUGGAGAGGACCCAGGAAUUAAAGGACAAUUAAUGAACCUUAUCCGAUCUGUACGAACCGUUAUGAGAGUGCCAUUGAUUGGGGUGAACACCAUUACAAUUGUCUUGCUUUUGUUGUUUGGUUGA